CAAUGUCAUUUUAUUAAUGGUGGCUUUGGUUGUUUAUUUAUUUUGUUAGAUACUUCGUAAAAGUACAACAGCUAAAAACAGGAAUAGAGAAUAAAACAUUUAUAGUAAGCCAAUACUUCUAUUUAAUACUAAGCCAAUGAAUAUUGAACGAUUAACGAAUUCGAUGAGAAAUCGCUAAUUUUAUCAGAAUCAAGUGUACUAUUUUUAACCGAAAUUAUCUUCAGCUUUAAAUUCUUUGUAAUAAGACUGAGAUAGUAAAAUGCACAGAAAUCUGCCACAAAAUAAAGAAGCUCUUCUGAAAUCUUAUACGACUCGACUAAAGGAGGAUGUCAAAAGUAUGCUGGAAAAUUUUGAAGAAAUAAUUAAGCUUGCCAAAGGUGAAAAUGAUUCACAGCUAAAUAGGAUGACACAAAUUGAACAAGACACUUUUGAAAUGCAAGUCAGAGCAGCAAAUAUUGUGAGAGCAGGUGAAUCCUUGAUGAAGCUAGUCUCGGACAUCAAGCAAUAUUUAAUAUUAAAUGAUUUUCCAUCAGUGAAUGAAGCAAUCACACAAAAUUCUAAACUCUUUCGGACAAAACAACAAGAAUGUGAUCAAAAAUUAAUGUCAUUAAGAGAUGAUAUAGCGGCUGAUUUGUAUGAUUUAGAAGAUGAAUACUUUACAAGUAUAUACAAGUAGAUAAAAAAACUUUACAUUUUUAA